CACACACAAGUCCACAACACACAACGAACCCAUCCCAUCCAUCCUUUCAAGCAAGACAAGAGAGAUCAAGCGAGCCAUGGCUCCCAUGCUCAAGGGGAUCGUGGAGGACGAGCCGAAGAGGGCGGCCUAUGUGACCUUCCUCGCCGGCUCGGGCGACUACUGGAAGGGCGUGGUGGGCCUGGCCAAGGGUCUCCGCGCCGUCAACUCCGCCUACCCGCUCGUGGUGGCCGUGCUCCCCGACGUCCCCGAAGACCACCGCCGCAAGCUGGUCGAGCAGGGCUGCCUCGUCCGCGAGAUCGAGCCGGUGUACCCACCGGAGAGCCAGACCCAGUUCGCCAUCGCAUACUACGUCAUCAACUACUCCAAGCUCCGCAUCUGGGAGUUCAUGGAGUACGAGAGGAUGGUGUACCUGGACACGGACAUGUUCGACAGCAUCGACCACCUCUUCGACCUUGACAAAGGCAGCUUCUACGCCGUCAUGGACUGCUUAUGUGAGAAGACGUGGAGCCACACACCGCAGUACAAGAUCGGCUACUGCCAGCAGUGCCCGGACAGGGUGGCGUGGCCGGAGCGCGAGCUCGGCGUGCCGCCGCCGCCGCUCUACUUCAACGCCGGCAUGUUCGUGCACGAGCCCAGCCUCGCCACCGCCAAGGCCCUCCUCGACAAGCUCGUCGUCACUGAUCCCACCCCCUUCGCCGAGCAGGACUUCCUCAACAUGUUCUUCAGGGACGUGUACAAGCGCAUCCCCCCGGUGUACAACCUGGUGCUCGCCAUGCCCUGGAGGCACCCCACGAGAACGUCGAGCUCGAGAAGGUCAAGGUCGUGCACUACUGCGCUGCGGGUUCGAAGCCGUGGAGGUACACCGGCGAGGAGGCCAACAUGGACAGGGAGGACAUUAAGAUGCUCAUGAAGAAAUGAUGGGACAUCUACAACGACGAGAGCCUGGACUACAAGGCCGGCGACGAGACCACCAACCUGCUACGUGGAGCUCUUGUUGAGGCCGGUGCCAUGAAGUACUUCCCGGCGCCAUUGGCCGCGUAGGCUCGCUGCAUGCCGGCAUUUGCCCGGCUGGGUCGUUAAUUAAGUGCUAUCAGUUAGGGGAUUUUCGGUAAUGAACUUCACUAUAGCAAGUCGCGUCACUCCUUUCGCCUGCUCUGGAGAAACCCUGGAUCUGUUUUCACAGAUCGGACAAUGGCGUCCGUCUGGCGUCGCGCUACUUGUUGGAGGCAUCGUUUUGGAGCAGGUACCGACUUGGGUGGAUAGGUGGUGGAGCGGCGUGGUAUCUAUCGCAUCAUCGACGACUGGUCUCGGCGACGUGACCGACAGAUGCGUGACGAUGGACGCGCGCAGGGAGGUGGCGAUGUCUCGCGUCGACGACAGCUAGACCAGGUAAGGUAGAUGCAGCAGUACAGCACUGAAGAUGGAUUGGUGACAGGUGGCUGCGGUGGCCUCAUAUCCGGCAUGUGUCCUGGUUGAGGAUUGCGCCGGACUGAUGGGUGCCCCAUACACGGCAUGCGUCCUGGUUGAGACCUCAGGUCAUAGAUGUUAGGUUUGGCUGCGAGGUCUGUUUGAUAUUAGGCCGAGAUUAUCAACAUCCCUUCAUCAACUGGACAGGAGUAGCGACCGAUGUUGCCUAGACGAUGGCUUUAGUCUUACCGUUGUACGACUUUGUAAGUCUUGUGUGAAUAAUUGAUAAAGUGGCUGCAUACAUCGUCCAGAUGCAAAG